AUGGAGGAUUUACUCCGUGAAGCUCAAGUCCUUCUCGUACUCAUUUUGCACAAUAUCAGGCCUAGUAGCCACACCUCUGCAUUCACUUUGGAUACGCCUCAACUCCUUUAUCUAAUCAUGUUAGGAAGAAGAAUUGAUGUUGCUCAAAUCAUUGCUAAUGAAAUGAGAAAUGUUGUAGAAAGUGGUAAGGAGUUUGGAGCAGGAACCAAAACCAUUUGUCCUCUUGUGUUUCCCGGUCUCAUGAUGGGAUUACUCAUUGCUUCACGUGUGCAAAUUCCAAAUAUGGUUCACUUUAAGAUCAAAACAAAGGUUAAUGACAUGUAUGUGGACAAAUAUUGCUUAGAAAAGAAAAGGAGAGAAGGGCAAUCGGGGCAGACUUCAUCUGAAACUCUGAACUACAAUGAUUGGGAUCUGAGACUCCGCCAAGAUUUUACUUACACUUGGGAUCAAAAUGAUUCUAGCCAUAGAGUUGUCAUGUCUUUACAUGAUGCUAUUUACAAGUUGAAAAUCCUGCCAGAAGUGUAG